GGAAUUCAUAUCCCAGUCUGAGAUGAGCUCUACAGGUAUGCAGAUAAAAAGCUGGAGGAGAAAAAUCGUACCCGAAGUGUGGAGUCCAUAUUUUUUCAAUGAAAAAUUUUAGUUGAAUUUCAGUAGGAAUUUUCGAUAAUACUAGUGAUCGGUACAAAGAAAUUCAUCCACGUUCGUUACAUAAAAAAAAUCGUUGGCAUAUUGCUUGUUGCGUUCCUAAUCAGAACAUAUUUCUGCAAUGAAAAAAUCAAUUAUUUGCAGUUUUUGUGAAAACUUACCUUUGAUACCAAGAGUGAUUGUUUAGCUAAUAAUGAAAUUUAUCAAAAAAUGUGAAAAUAUGUUGUUUAGUGCAUAAUUUAGUAGCAAAAUCAACGGCCAAAAUUUACACUAAUAGGAUUUGUGCGUCGAUACACAACAGUGCAAUAUUCUGUGUGAAUCGUUGUGUGCGGGAGUACGGAAAAAGAUGAGAUAAUUAUCUCUUUCGGAGAAAAGCUGCUGAGAAAGAUCGUGUUUUUGUUGCAGUUUAAAGCGAGAAACUACCUUGACAAACCAAGUGAAUAGAACACGAUUGUCAUCGACGUGCAGACGUAAUUAGUAAGGAUUAGUUGCGUUGCUGCUUGGCUAAAUUGAACGAACAACGUUUCCAAAAUGUUGCCCACGAACGUUAUGUCGUUUAUGAAAAAGAUGGUUGCACCCGAGGAGGUUCCACAAAGCAACAUGGAAAGCACUGGAACAUUCGGGAAGCUAAAACAAACACUAUCAUCAUCACUUCUCACAGCUCAAGAUAGAGUGAACAAAAUGUCUCCAAGACCAUCCUUAAUUCCUGAUACAGAAAACAGCGUCCAAUCGGAACCUACGACAAGCACACAACAGUCCAGCAGAGCAGCGGAAACGCCUAAACCGAUAGGACGAUCUGGUUCAUGUCGUAUUUGUUUGAAGGCAUUCAAGCCUAAUGAGUUCAGCAAAACAUGCGUAGAAUGCGACCAGAAGGUGUGCGAGGAUUGCGCUAGCUAUAGCAAACUGGAUGAAUGUGAAUUUAUGGAAACAUGGCGUUGCAGCGUUUGUCGUAGAAAAAUGGCUUCUAGAGUGUUCAUUCCACAAGAAUCAACGGAUUCUGUGUUAGAGAUUCCUGUAUUGGAAACUCUACAACGGCGUCAUUCAGAUGUCAAGCUCGGCUCUACGCAAUGCUUAGGUGUGGACAAUGGUUCAGCCCUGGUCCCACCUAGAAGCCCAGAGUUGAGGCGUCAUUCGGAUGUAUCGCCUGCGUCCCUCAAAGAACUAGAAAAACUAAAAGGUGCGAAAGCAUCUGACACAGAAUGGAGGAAGGGUCACAGUGCAGCACCAAGCAGAUCAUCUAGUCCUCCACGCCGAAUGGAGUUGGAGACGGCUACUUCUCGAAUAGCUUCGAGGCGGCCGUCAAUGCGGAUGACUAGGCAACGUAGCUACGAUGACGACAUAAAAUCUAACACUGAAUCGAAAGUUAUGGAACCUAGUCUAGGAUUACCAGCUCCCAUGCCUCGAAGAAAAUCAGCCUACGACGUUUAUGCCCCUGGAGUUUUAGCGAGCGCUUUGCAAGCUGCAUCCCUGAAGGAACCUGACGCUCCUGGAUCCAGAAGACCAUCGUUCAAGAUGCCCGUUAAUGAUAAUAGUUUAGAGCAUGAAGACAUGCCCAGUCCUGAUCAUAUUAUUCAAUCCGCUUUAACUGUAGACGAGGAGCGCAGAAAUAAACGACGAGGAUCGCAACUACCGGACAUUUCAGCAUUGCGGAAUGCUCAAAAUGCCGGAAAUCUUCCGGUUUAUCAGAUCCCAGCACUUGAAGAUUUGGAAGCUCCUAGGCGGCAGACGUCUCUCGACGGUGAAGCUAUCAAAAUUGUGAUUCAUGAUGUUGAUUCGGGACCUCUCUGUGCUUCUAAGAGGCGGGUUGUUUUACAGAAGGAUCCAGCGGACAAAGCACAUAGAACGCGUGGUUUUGGAAUGCGAGUGGUUGGCGGUAAAACAGGAACAGAUGGCCGACUUUUUGCCUAUAUUGUGUGGACGGUUCCUGGAGGACCUGCUGAAAAGGGCGGUUUGCAGCAAGGUGACAAGAUAUUGGAAUGGUGUGGUACUUCGUUGGUAGACCGUAGCUUUGAAGAAGUUUGUGCCAUAAUGGAUAGAACCGGUGACGUUAUCGAGCUACUGGUAGAGCAUGCUACAGAUUUCAGAAUGUGUGACUUGUUAGAUGAUGGAACAUCAGGAAAUCCAAAUAAUCAAAUGAAGUCGAAUGCGGAUAUGUCAAAUCUGGGAUUUACAUCAGAAAACGAACCAGUUGCUGACAAAUCUCCUUCGUCACCAACCAGACGAAAACUUCCAAAAACACCGGAACAACUGGCACGUGAAAAACAGGUUUCAGGACGAGUUCAAAUUCAAGUGUGGUACCACGGAGAUCGCAACGAACUGGUCGUCUCACUCAUGGCCGGAGAUGACCUACCGCCUCGGGACGAAUCGCUAGGAUAUGGAGGUUUACCGGAAGCUUACGCUUCAAUCAAGCUCAUGCCUAAAACCCACGAAACACAUGUAGUACAGACCGAAGUCUCAUCUCCGUCACUUAACCCCAUUUGGAAUGCAACGAUUACCUUUAGAGGCGUGUCGAGUGACACAUUGUUCGACCGAUACAUCGAUGUAGCGUUAUAUGACUUGUUACCGCAGUCAGAGCCGGUAUACUUAGGAGAGUGUAAAGUAAUGUUACAGAAGGCUUUUCUUGACGAUGUCGCGGUUUGGUACCGAUUAGAGGAUCCCAAACAAUUACGAGGUGCGCCGCCGUCUAAGAUGAGCUGGUCAUCCCCAAGGAACUCCAUCUCCGGAGACGUAACGAAACUGAUAAGGGGAUCUGACUACCGAUUUCAAAGAUCGGUAUCAGACGACGUGGACAGCAUUGGGGAUGGGAGCUCUUUGCUCCAUCCUGAUCAUGCGUGGGCUUUCAGCAGGCGGGGAUCGUCGCAAUCAGAAACUUUGGAAAUCGAAACGUAUCAACUUGGAAAAGGUUUCUCCAAAUCGUUGCCCGGCUCAAGAAGAUCCUCCUUCCAGGAUCAAGAUAAAUGCAAAAGUGGUGAAUUGACACCUACCCUUGCGUAUAACCGUGAACGCAGAAGAUCUUCCGCAGCAAAACGCAAUCCGGAAGAGCUGAGAAGAGCUUUCAACCAGAGCAGAGGUGAAUUUACGCGCACCAUGAGCUUGUCGCGGGAAUUGGAACGAAAGAAUUCCAAGAAAACAUUGAAUCAGAGCAUGUCCGAGAAAAAUACAGAUAAAAUCGAACGCAUGAUUUCCAAUCUGAAAAUAAAAACGGAUAAUACACGUGAUCUACAAGUGGAGCCCACAACCCCAAUUUUUUCAAUCAGCAGUCUUGGUCCUGGUCAGAUACUCCCCAAAGGUUCACAACACAGCUUGAAAUGUGUUGGAGAGCUACGUUUAGCUGUCACUUUGGACAAAUCGAUCUUGGAACUGAAGGUCAUUUCCGCUAGAAAUUUGGUUCCCGAAGAUUCGGAAGCAACGCCAGACACAUAUGUUAAAUGUUACUUGAAAGAUGGAGAUCGACUGAGGCAUAAAAAGAAAACCAGAGUUGUGAAAUAUUCUCCGGAACCACAAUACAAUCAGGUGCUGAAGUAUUCGGCAUCGGAUCUUUUUGGACGUACCAUUUUAGUGACCGUUUGGCAAAAAUCGUUAGGUUUCGAACACAAUCAAAGUAUAGGUGGAACAGAGUUAUUUUUCAAUACAUAUAAAAUGAAGAGCCCUAUUGAAAGUUGGUACCCAUUGUUUCCUUCUCAACAUGUUAUACCAAAUCAAAAUGAUUCUCCUUAGGAGUUUAGAGUUGAAUUUCAUAUUAUGAAAAUUAGUAUGUGAUGUAAUAAUUACACAUUGAAAAAUA